ACCUUGUGAGUCUCUCACGCGACUGAUCACCUGAUCAAAUCCCGAGGCCUCUAGCUUGUGUGUCUCGAUUCACUCGCUCUAAUCCAGACCACCAGCCUUGGCUGGCCAUUUUCCAAGACAUGUUUACAAGCUUUUGGAAGCGGACUUUUUGUGAUCCCAGAGGAACAAGGAAUUGGCUGACCUGACCAAUCCAUCCUACUCAUACUGACUCUUCCAAGGCGGCGGCGGCGUCUCCUUUCUCGGCCGAGGUCCCAAGCAUAUCAUGACGUCCAUCGCUAUACCCUCGGGAUUUGCUCAGCCUGCACCCUCUGCCAGUAUCUUCUCACCUAGAGUCGCUUCGCCUCCUCCGGGUCCCGGACCAGGAUCAAGGGCAAUACCAGCGCAUCAAGCCUUUCCAUCGUCAUCUUCGACCGUCGUCUCUGCAGCGUCUACAGCUCCUCCUAUCACUCAUCCAUUCCCGACGCUUGAGAGCCUCAAAGCGAGCUCUGGGAAUCUCGAACAUCAAAGUGAUGCUGAGAAGAUCGCCUGGGCGCAAGAUGUCUAUCGAGUGGUAGAGAGACAAACACGACCCGUUCACUUGUCUACAUCUAGCGAGACUCCUAAACCACGAAAGGUGUCUGGAUCAUUGACAGUACUUCUGAAUCUCGCUCUACCCAUCAUCAUCUCCUCAACGAGUCAUUCAGAUCGAGAAAUCUCUGCCUUGGCAUCUUAUCUCAAAGGCAUCUUCUCGUCCACGGGUUUGUGCCCAGACUACCUGCCCCGAGAUCCGAGACAAGCCUUCAAAGAGUUUGAGUCUGCCGCCCGAGGAGGAGAGACUCGAGGUUGGUUCAUGCUAGGGAGGGACUACGAAAGUGUCGGGGAUGAAGGGAGGGCUAGAGAUUGUUUGGAUCGGGGUGUCAAGAAGGGUGAUACAGAGUGUAACUAUCGAAUGGGAAUGGCUCACUUGCUCGGUCAACUUGGAUUUCCCCCCAACCCCUCUUUGGCGAUUCCGUAUUUGAUCCAAGCAGCGGAAGGCAGUACGGUUGAUGUACCUCACCCAGCCUACGUCUACGGUAUGCUCCUCGCGGGAGAUUUUGAGCUUCCCCCUUCCCUCCCACCGAUACCGGAGGAAUUACUUGGCCCUUCUGCCGACGUUCGAGGCAUGAUGGCGAGAGAGAAUAUUGACAAGGCUGCAUACUUGUGCCACCCACCUGCUCAGUACAAGUGUGGACUGUCUUACGAGCACGCGACCCUCGGAUGCCCAUACGACCCUCUGAUGUCGGUCCAAUGGUACUCGCUCGCUAGUCAGGGCGGGGAGGUUGAAGCUGACAUGGCGUUGAGCAAGUGGUUCUUGUGUGGAGCCGAAGGGAAUUUUGGCAAGAAUGAGGAUUUGGCGAGAACGUUUGCGGAGAAAGCAGCGAGGAGAGGUCAUCCAAAUGGUUGUUUCGCUAUGGGUUACUAUUUUGAGUAAGUGGGAUGGAUAACCGAGAGGCUCGCUGACUGGUUCCAAGGCUUGGUAUUGGCGGGAGAAAAGAUAUGGAUCAAGCUAGGAAAUGGUACACGAGGGUGAGCCGGCCAUGUGAUCG